AUGAUGUGGUUCAGUGGGGUAUUAGAAAGAUUUAAGGAACUGAAGUUCUUUCGAUUAAUAUCAGAGAAAAGUUGGGACAUUAGGCGUGGCCGCGAAUUGGGAAGUACUUGGGCAAACGAUAAUGAAACAUUUGAAAGUGAACAAAGCAGUGGUUGCUGUAUGAACAGUUCAAACACGGAUUGUGGGUUAAAGGGUUUCGUUAUACGCGACCCCUUACUAAUCGCAAAAUUUCGGGCUGACAUUCGUAAUGCACGACCACUGCAACCACUGCGUCCACUGCAACCACUGGCAUUAAUGCAUAUGCGGUCUUUGCUACCACACCCAACACGAUUGGAAGCUCCAGACCGUAGGCCGUCAUCUAAUUCAAGAAAUUUUUUGGCGAAUUUACCUGAUAUGAGGGAAAAUAAAGCUGAUAGCGUGGGGACGAAUCAAGCUUCGCAAACAUAUAUGAAAACUUUGUACGGAUGCAGUCGGCAGCCUUUUUAUGGAUCGCAGGACUCUGAACAUAUCAUAAAGGUGAACAGUACUUUAGCGAAUCCUUGUAUAUCCUAUACAAAUAGCCUUGAUCGUUCAGCUGCUUUUCAGAGAUUGGAGAGUUUUGGUGCAACAAAUAUCAGUGGGUGGGGAACGGUGCCUUGUCAUAUGCAACCGGUGAUACCAUUGGCAGAUAUCAAGUUCGAUACAUGUCAUGCUAGAAUGAAUUUGACCAACACAUAUGGCUAUAAAACGAAAUUUUGUCGAGCUUGGCUUAAAAGUGGUGCAUGUGCGUUAGGGAUUCGUUGUCGCUUUGCUCAUAACAUUGGUGAAUUAAGACCUAUCAAUGAUCAAGCAAUGAAUUCCGUUAACAUGAUACACAAUACAAAUUUCUAUAAUAAUAAUAGUACUGCAUCAGGAAUUUAUUGUGCAAAUCAGACCCAACAUAAUUGUGCAUAUCAAAAGAAUUAUAUGGACACUGAGAACAAUUGUAUACAAUCGGAAUACGAAAAGGCGCUGAAAACACUGGAAAGUACAGAAUCGAAUGCUGUGCCUGAAAUAACCGGCGUUAAAAUAUCAGGGAAUUUUCAGUCUGAAAAAUCACUCUCUCCGUCGUCGUUCUUUCGAUAUUGUAACGGCGAAAGGUUUAAAAUGGAAGACAUUGCUGCAGGAACCCUACUUCAGUCCAACGCUAUUUGUCCUACAUUCAGUGGCGAAACUUUAAUGAAAAACGAUGUUCAGCUUGGUGAAAUUCCAUUAACAACGAAUAACUUCGAUGAAACUUUACAGGCAUUAAAGCAAUUUCAACGUUUGGGAUUAUGA